AUGAUCAGCGCCAUUCUCAUCAUCCUCAUCACCAUUCUGAUCCCGCCCAUCGGCGUCCUCAUGGUCGCGGGCUGCGGAGCUGACCUUCUGAUCAACAUUCUGCUCACGAUACUCGGAUAUUUCCCUGGUCACAUCCACGCGUUCUACAUCGAGUACGUCUACUACAAGCGCCGCGAGGACGCCGCACGCGGCUUCUACGACUCGAGGCCCACGCCGGGCGUGUACAGUGAGAGGGUGCAGCGCGGCGGGUACGGUACCAUGGCGGACCCGAUGUAG